AUGGGCCGCACCUCCCGCAAGGUCUUCGCAGACACCGAUACGGAGGUCGAGGAGAUUGACGCCACUAACUCGGAGGAUGUGCUCAAUGCAGGGCUCUCGGUCUGCCCUGCAUCUGGGUUGACUGCAGGCAUGAGUCAAGGUGUACGAGCGAGCGCUGCAUCUACAGGCACCCCUGGCAGCAGAAGCAACCUACCACCGCACAGGGCAUACGAAAUGCCGCCUAUGGGCUCAGGCAAGGAAUUCGACAAAGUCACAAACAGGAAUGGAUGGCGAGGCAUCGAACCUCCCCACAUCAAUUUGAUGUAUGGUCCCAAGGCUGCCGAGAAGCACGUAAAGAAGUACUAUGGCAUCAAUGUUCCAAUGGCGGCAGGUUUCGACAUGACACUCGUGAGCCAGGCCAAGGUCAAGAAGGAAGGCAUCACCGCCGAGGUCAGAGAGCACACGGACAAGGGCUCUCGUCUCAAGACGACCUUCUCGAUCCAGCACAAAAUACUGGAGUAUUCGGAAGGAACAGGAUUGCCCGAGAUGGUCGAGAAGAUCCCUAUUGGCUCGGCCAAAAGCGUGGCUGUCGACAAGGAUGACACCGACUACGACUAG